AUGUCGUACUACUUCGCCAUUGUCGGCACGCAGGACAACCCCCUCUUCGAGUAUGAGUUCGGCACCUCCAAGCAGGGGGGCGAUGGCCAGUCGCGGUUCAACGAGCAGAUCCGCCAUCUGAACCAGUUCAUCUUGCAUAGCAGCUUGGACAUCGUCGAGGAGGUGCAGUGGGCGCAAGGACAGAUGUACCUUAAGCUCGUCGACAAGUUUUUCAAUAACUACGUCUCGUGCUUCGUCACGGCCGGCAACGUUAAGUUCCUCCUCCUGCAUCAGCCUUCGGCGCCGUCGAGCACGCCGUCGUCCCGGUCGUCAACCGCCAUCGGCGCCAACCCCACGAGUCCCGCGACGGAGGAGGCCAUUAAGAACUUCUUCCAGGAGGUGUAUGAGAACUGGGUCAAGGCUAUCAUGAGCCCUUUCUACAAGGUCAACAUGGAGGUCAAGAGCCCCGUGUUUCGGUCACGCGUGGCAGCGGCGGGUAGGAAAUACCUGUAG